UUUUUCCGUCCAAGUUCGGGUUUUUGACUAAAAAUGUGUAUUUUUUAGCCUGCUCAAACCCAUACUUUUUUGUAGUUGAUCACCUCUACUAUAUUCGAAUUAGAUUUGACCUUUUUCGGCCACACUUAUGUUUUUUUCCUUUGUUUUCUCGAUUUCAAAAUUUCUUUGAAAAUUCCUUAUUAUGUCUCUUGUUAGCUUACAAUAUUAAACGUUUUGCAGAAAUUACUCUAAUAAACACUUUGGAGUUUCCUCUAGAUGUACAAAAACUUCUCUUGUUGAACAAUUCUCUUAAUAAAGAAGUUACGACUAGUGAAGCCUCGACAUUUGCCAUUUGUGCUUCUUCACUAAGGGUUUGUGAUGCAAAAGUUUGCGAACAAGUCAUGGAUAUUGAAGAGGAGGAGAUGCUACGUUGCACACACUUCGAAAAUGAUGCUACUAAGGAGGGGGAAGUCCUACAUAAGAACGCUCUGCACUUCGAAUGUUUUGAUAUUAAGGAGGGAGAGGUGGUACAUAGCAACGUUUCACACUCCAAAGGUUUUGGUUCCAAGGAGAGGGAAGCAUUAUGUGAGCACUAUGAAGAUUAUGAUCUUGAGGUGGGGGAGAUACUAGGUGGCAAUAAUGAGCACUCUCAAGAUUAUGAUAUCGAAGAGGGGGAGAUAAUAGAUAGCCAUGCUUCUCACUCCAAAGAAUUGACCUUUUCAAAGGUAACAAAGCAAAGGCAACCAAUACAAACUUUGUAUAGGAAGCUCACGGAGUGUCAUGUGCCUAAAGAGAAGUUGAAAAUUGAGGCGAAUGAUGUUCUUAAUGAGGAGAUUUUAAAAGAAAGCAUUACAUAUCAAGAUAUUUGUAAAGAAUAUGUUGUAAAGAUCCAAAAGCUUAAGAAAAAUCUCGAGGAUGAAAAGAAUAAAUUAGACGAGGUAGUUAAAAAGCAUCGUCAACAAAUGUGGAAGGUUGUGUGUGAGCUUGAGUCUACAAAAAAGGAGCUUCAAGGUAAGAUCAUUGAGCUUGCCAAGAAGACCGCUGAAGUUAAAAUGGCCGAGAAACUUGCGACUAAGGAAUGUAAUAAGAAGGAAGCCUACAAGCUUAGGUUGAAAGCCUGUCGAAAGUGUCGUUAUCAUUAACCUAAAGUUGAAUUGGGAUGGCAUUAAAAAUGUGGGUAACUUAGUGUUCUUCAAUAUGAAUAAAGAUUAGAUACAAAGUAGUAAAUUUAUGAAAACUAAGGUUUUGUUUGAAACCAUAUUAGUUCAAAGUAAUAUAUUUCCAUGUAAACCCUAUGCUUGAAAGUUGAUUGUGGUGUUAAUAAUUUUUAGCUAACAUCCUUUUUGGUGUUUAGUGCUCAUAAGCUACAUGUCCCCCUUAAUAGUUCUUGUGUUGUUUUUCGUCCUUGUUCCUUUGUUUAUGUUUAUGAUACUCUUCAUAGUUUCGAAUAAUAUUGCUUAUUUUUUUAAAACAUCAUAUUCUUAUGUGUUCAUAACCUUUUCGCUUCUUUUGUUAUACUCGAUGUGGAUAUUAGGGCUAAAGAAAAUGUGAAAAAAUUGGGUAGGUGAUAGAAAAAAGGGAAUAAAGCAAGAAAGAUAAAGUAUAGUUUCCAUUAGGGGUGAACAUGGAUCAGAUAUCCGAUCUAAAACUGGGUUUCGAUUCGGUUAUCUACUUAUCUGUAUCCGAAAAUUCCUAUAUUUCAUAUGCGUAUCCGAUUCGAAAAGAUAUCAGAAUAUUCGAAAAUUUCCGAUCGGAUAGCUUAGUUAUCCAAUAUCCGACCUUUUAAUAAUAUUGAAUAAAUACUUAUUUAAUGGCA